AUGGCCGCUCAACAACCCGGAAAAGAAAGAUCCAUACAAUCUCCCCCAGCAUAUACAUCACCACCUAUAACCUCACCACCACCACCAGUCUCGACCUCAACGACAACUCAUCAGUCAUCUUCCUCAUCUAUCCUAUCUCCUCCAACGAACCAAUCCCAAGACUCAGAAGCAGUCCGCCGCACCCUCGAAGCCCGCACCGCAUUCACCGCCUCCCUCCAUUCCGUUGGCCAAACGGUCUCAGCCGACCUCCGCGGCCGCGCCACAGAUCUACACGAAAAUGCAGCAGCAAUCCAAAAGCAAGAGUACGAAUUAGCGCGACAUACAGCUGAGCUGGCGAAGCAGAAUGACCAGUGGGACAAGGUGGUGGAUGGUGCGCGGCAGGGGUUGAAGGAGAUUGGCGAUGUGCAGAAUUGGGCAGAGAUGAUUGAGAGGGAUUUAUUGGUUGUUGAGGAGGUGUUAAGGCAGGUUGAGGGACAUGCAGGUCAUGAUGAUCUUGAUAUGGGGUAUCAUGACAACCACGUACAUGACGAAAGAGGAGAGGAGGACGACGGAAGUUUAACGGAAAGAGAGGACGAAGAUAGGAAGAAGGUUGCUCAAGAGCCCGUUGAUAUAUUAGAUGAUGUUUCGUCUUCGGCGUCUGGUAUAACUGGUACGUCGGCGACGUUAGGUACGAUAUCUGAGUCUUCUGGUAAGAGUAUCCCGCCGAAUCAGGAUAAUAGACAGCAGCAUAUCAAAGCCAGCGAUGAUUAUGGCAAGAAGAGCGCAGGUGGAUGGUGGAGAUGGUGGUGGUGA